AUGGCGCACGGGGCUCAUUUAAAGAACAACAAAUAUCGACAGUGGGUCAAAGCAGGCCUAGGCUUAGGUUACCUAAAAGAGGGACUAGCACCGUUUUGUGAUGACAUAGGAAAACAGCAGCAUAAAGAUAUAAUAAACCAAAUUCAAGGAACAAAGACUCCUAAACCAAAUGUACCAUGUGGCGCCUGUCAGAUAACAACUCUCCAGCCAGACCAUGUCCGAGUCUCAAAAGGAGUGUGUCUAUACAAGCAAGAUAAAUGUAACUGUUGCUUUCCAAAUAAUAAGAAACCCUGCCCAAACAACUUAUGUGGUGCCAUCUACGACAAUAUUAUACAGAAUCAUUCAUCAGUACCACCGGCACCUUUUUGGAAAAACAGCGAUGCCAAGGAUUGGUCCGUUGACCCAUGGAGCAUAAGUAAAUGUUUUAUAAAUGCUCCCGGGUACAAGGACAAGACAUCAGCAGUCGACGUUGACUGCUCGGGGUUACUACAUGUUAUCAUAAAUAACAAAUAUUUUCAUAAUCAUAUUGGAUGCAAUGUAACAGGACCAAACAAUCUUUUUUCAAAGGUACGACAGUACAGAAAUGAGAUUUUUCACUCAAGCAGUAUGGAGUUAGAGGAAAGGGAGGCUAAUUGUUACAUUGAUGAUAUGAUAGCAGUUCUUCAAGAUGGAAAAGAACUUUUACAUCAUCAUGCUGCACAACAAGCUGUCGGGAAACUCCAAGAUCUGAAGAAGGAGGACUUCAUUAUAACUACUGAAAGCUUUGACGAAAUUCUCAGUCAAAUCAAAGAAGCAACAGGAAAUGCUGCAACUAAAGAGGAAUGUGACGAGCUUAAAAACAAAAUAACUGACCUUGAAUCACAGAUUUCAAAAGCACAAGAGGAGAUAAAAAGACUCAAUGAAGAUGAUUCUCCGCAAAAACAAAAAAAGUUAGAAUAUGAAAAGGCUAAAUCAGAGUAUACAUUUGAACCUACAACUUCUGCUGUUGAUUAA